AUGCAUCUGAUCCCAAGACUGCCUGUAUGUGAGAAAAGGUGUGGUUUUUAAGGAUAUAAAAAGGUCUGCCUAUUGGUCUAAGAAAACAACUGCACAGCGCCCCUUGGUGGUCGGGAAUGGUACACAUGGGGUUAUUAUCAAGUCACAGAGACAGACAGACAGAGCCUAGAAGCCUGGCAGGCUAGGCUAGUGACCGACAGACUAACUGUGUUCUAGGUACUGUAAACGGGGGUUGGCCAUUGAUGAGGAUGACGGACAGAUCACCAGGGAGCUGGUCUCUGUGGACGAGGCCUUUAUGAAGAAGGGUGAUGAUGAGGAGGUGGAAUACUCCAGUGCAACACUCGGCCUGGAGCAGAAGGGUGAGAAAUGCUAAUUGUUUGCUCUUAUGCUGAGUUUGCUCCCAUUAUUUUCAGAACAAUAAAUGCAAAAAAAAGAUGUUAUAUGUCCUAUUCCCUCUGGAAAAUAACAGAUGCAAACAUCUAGGCCUAGUUACCCACAUUUCAUUGAUCAGUAGUUAUAUAAUUUGAUUUAAUAAUAUCAAUGCAUAAUAUCAUGAAUACAUUCUUAUCUGAUUUAGUUGAUCUGUCUGUCAGCCAUGUGCACCACCUUCACAAUGAGGGUAAAGACUGGAGACAAGAAGAAUGCGGACACCGAUGCCAACGUGUUUGCCACCCUGUACGGCACGAAAGAUGACACAGGUAACCAUGAUAUAAGAUAUUUAGAUAAUAUACACAUUUGUGUCUGUGAUCGUGUGUAUUAGAAUACACUACCUACUAUGCCAUUUACUGCUCUGUGAUACGAACAUAUAAGACAGAGAGACAGACAGACAGACAGACACACACAGUCCUUGUGAUAUGAUCUGUUAUGCCUGUGCAGCGGCCACAGCAGGCUGGUUCCUUGACUGGGUAGAGGUUGACGCCCCGUUCCUGGGCCUGAGGCUAAGGUUCCCCUGUGGUCGCUGGCUGUACAAGGGAGAGGACGAACGACGACGGGGCCAUCGUCAGGGACCUGUCCCCUGCAGACCUCCAGACUGAUCUCGACACACCAUGUAAGAACCAACUUGCAACAUACUAUACUUAGAUAACCCAUAUUAUAGCCUACUAGCUAGCAUACCACUACCCUAUACAGUAUUACUAUCUUAUAUCAUACCAUAUCAGGUCAUAUCUGACAUACCAUAAGAGCCAGUCUACAGUACACUGUACUUAUUGUAGAUAACCCAUAUCUUACAGGACCCUAUCCUACCAAUUACCAUGCCAUAUUAUACCCUUGUUUCCCCUCUGUUACAGUUGUGCCGUACGAGAUUGAGACCUUCGCCAGUGACCUGUUUGCAGUGGGUACAGACGCAGACGUGUUCACCGUGCUGUACGGUCGAGACGGGGGUGUGCACCCAGCAGAGGUCUCUUUGUUCAACAAGAGGGAGAGGACCAUGUCGUUUGAGAAGGGAGCUGAGGACAUGUUCAUCGUUGAGGUACGUCCACACAGUGGUCACCUAUAAAACAAUGUAUAGAGACAGUUAAGCAAGGGAUAUGUGGUUCUUUAAUGAGGAUGAUGGUGAUGAAUAGGAUGAUGAUGUGGAUGAUGAUCCUCAUGAUCAUGAUGAUGAUGAUGUUUCUGUGACACCAUGCAGUUGGAGGAUGUGGGUGAUGUCAUAGAGAAGAUCUGUAUUGGUCAUGAUAACAGAGGGAUAAACUGAUGAUGGUGUCAUUGAAAAAAGCUUGCAGCGUGAAAUAGCUCACAAUCAAUGAUUAUUGUGAGCAUUUUUAGGCUUGCGGUUAGAGCAGACGACUACUGAGGAAGAGAAAGAUACACAGGAGAAAGGCUACUUACUCAGUUACAGAUCUAGGAUCAGCUUACCCUUCACAAAUCCUAACCUUAACCAUAUGGGGGAAAAUGAACAAAUCUAAUCUUAGUCCAGUGUCAAAGGUCAGGGCAAUCCUACACAGGUCUUCAGUAAAAAGAGACGGACGACGUCGUAUUAUAAAUCAAAACAAUACCAUUUUUAGUCACAAGGUGGUGCUCUUCUCCUCACGGAGAGACCUGGAGUGUUCUCAGUCACUCACACAUUGCUGCUCUGUGUCUCUCUAGGGGUCGGAGACUAUCAUCUUCUCAUGUGAGCACUGGCUGGCCAAGUCAGAGGAUGACGGAGAGACAGUGAGAGCGUUAGUACCCUCUGACAUCAUAAUGGAGAAACAACUACGAGACGGAACUCUGAAAGUCAACGAGAUUGAGGUGGAAGAUGCACUGGAGAGUACGUACACACAAACACAAGCAAACACACACGCACAUGCACACGCACACACUCUGAGGAGGAAGACUCAGUGGAGAUUACACCCACAUAUGCACACACAGACACACUGGAGGCUGGCCAUUACAGCAGAAUGUGCCUUUUCGUUUGUCAGAUUCUUUGUCUGCCUGCCUUCUUUGUCUGACAGGUAAAUGAUGAGGCAGUUCUCUGUCUUGCUCCGCUGCAGUCACACAAUGUUGGGAAUUUGUUCCCAUUUGAACACUUCAGCCCAUUAUUAUGCUUUCUGUCUGUGGGUUGUUUUAUCUGUUAUCUGUGCCCACCUACAAGGUGUAUGCGAUGACAGGUGACGUUUACAACAGGGGCACGGAUGCCAACGUUUUCCUCACCAUCUACAGAGACCUGGGCGACACGUGUGAACACAAACUCAGCAAGUCUGAGACAAACAGCAACAAGUUUGAGAAGGGAGCGGUAAGAGACAGAACACCACACCGUAUCCAUUAUUGGCUUUUGCAUCACAAAAUAAAAGGUAGUGAUGUUGUUAUACAAUCAUUGUACAGUAAUAUUAUGGCAAUAUAUAAGGAAAAUACUAAUGAAUGUGUCUUUUUGGAUCAUUCAACUGCUUGUGCUGAAUGUGCCUCCUAUUUCAGCUGGAUAAAUGUACCAUUGAGGCGGUGGACCUGGGCCAGGUGUUUAGAAUUAAGAUUCGCCAUGACAACAGCAUGGUGAGUGCUGAUUGGUACCUGGACCACAUGGAGGUGGUUGACGAGGAUCUGGAGGAGGUCUUAGUGUUCCUGUAUGAGCGCUGGUUGUCCAGGAAAUGAAAGGACUGACGCAUCGAGAGAAUGUUCUAGAUCAAGGUACUGUGUGUGUGUGUGUGCCACAGUAUGUACACUAAUGUAUGUGUGAACUAUACUUCUGCAGUCAGUAUGUGUGUGCAUGCGUAUCAGUGUGUGAGUGCGUACGCAUAUGUGUGUGUGAGCACACAGAUCCUGACAAAGUGUGUGUGACCUGACCUGUGUAUUCUCACAGGGUUAUGAGGCGGAGAGGGAGACUUUCCAAGGCAGGAAGAAGAGCUCAGCCCUGAUCAGCCCUGAUCACGAAGAGUGUAGACAGCAACAUGAACAAGAAGAGUAACAAGAAGAAUGAGGACGUCCAAAAGAAGGGUUCCAGUAAAUAAACACACUACUGUCAAUAUAACCCCCCCCCCACACACACACAAGCACAUCAAGAGUUGUGAAAAAAGACUGCAUUUCACCAGUUGCAUACAUUGCAAUAAGCUGAUUGAUCACUCCAGAAAUAAGUAUUCACAUUACACUUUGUAGAGGCAGGGUUUGGAGUAACAACUGUAUUUUUGUGCUACACACUCAUACACAUACAGUCAAAACACAUUACCUUGUGUCUUUGCAGUCAUGCCAUACCACUUCACCAUCUCCACAGGGGCAGAGAAGGAUGCCAGUACCAGCAGCACGGUCUAUGUGGGGCCAAACCACACCCAGACAGAGGGGCUGUGGCUUGACCUGCGUGGGGGGAAGAAGUGCUUUGAUUCUGGGUCUCUGGAGUCCUUCGAGUCACAUGGAGUUGACGUGGGAGAGAUUAGGAGGGUGGAGGUAUGGGUCACAUCACAUUAAGCAUACAGUAUAUGCAUAUCCCAAAGAAAAGUGGUGGUGUGCAAUAUAUACUGUAGAUAAAGGAAGACAAGGCCUGCAAACGGUUUAAUGCUGCUACCAUGAGUGCUUUAUUCCUGGACCAUGUUAUACAAACAGCGUUCAGACACAGAAGUCUUCAUCUAGUGCAAGAGUCACAACACACGCUGAUGGAUGUGGUUGCUCCAUGCUCUCCCUGUAGCUCGGAGGAGCCACUCCUGAGAGUUGCUAGUUGGUUGAUGAGCUAGCUGUUGCCGUGCCAACCAAAGGGGUAAAAUACAUUUUCCAGUGUAAGUAUGGGUUGACCAAAGAUUGGGGAGAUGGACUGGCUGCCAGGGUGUUCAACGUGUUGGAUGCAGAUAGCAUCACCAUCUCCCAGAAGGCAAGUAUCAUGAAUAAUAUACCUUUUUCUACUGUUACAGUAUUACGCCUGUACUUGCUUUACCUACAGUACACAGUUAUUACCUGGACUGCUAAUACAGUACUAAACACAAACAGUACAUGCAGUCAUAUCGGUUUAAUAUAUGGCAGAGGGGGGUAAGUUGAGCCAUUUUUAGCAUCACUCCAUCAAGGGAAAUAUACUUUUUUUUUCAAACAAAGAUAUCUACUUAUAUCUACAGUGCAUUCAGAAAGUAUUCAGACCCCUUGACUUUUUCCACUUUUUUGUUACAUUACAGCCUUAUACUAAAAUGGAUUACAUUGACAUAAAAAAAAAAAAAGAAACUGCUAGGUUUUCAUCAAGUACCUCUCUGUACUUUGCUCUGUUCAUCUUUCCCUCGAUCCUGACUAGUCUCCCACUCCCUGCCACUGGAAAACAUCCCCACAGCAUGAUGCUGCCACCACCAUGCUUCACCGUAGGGAUGGUGCCAGGUUUCCUCCAGACCUGACGCUUGGCAUUCACGCCAAAUAUUUUAAUCUUGGUUUCAUCAGACCAGAGAAUCUUGUUUCUUAUGGUCUGAGAGUCCUUUAGGUGCCUUUUGGAGAUGGGAGAACCUUCCAGAAGGACAACCAUCUCUGCAGCACUCCACCAAUCAGGCCUUUAUGGUAGAGUGGCCACAUGACAGCCCACUUGGAGUUUGCCAAAAUCAAAUCAAAUCAAAUUUUAUUGGCCACAUGCGCCGAAUACAACAGGUGCAGACAUUACAGUGAAAUGCUUACUUACAGCCUUUAACCAACAGUGCAUACAUUUUUUGAUUUUACUUUUUUAUUAAAAAAUAAAUGCACUGUUGGUUAAGGGCUGUAAAUAAGCAUUUCACUGUAAUGUCUGCACCUGUUGUACUCGGUGCAUGUGGCCAAUAAAUGUUAAUUUGAUUUGAUUUUGGCAAACUCCAAGUGGGCUGUCAUGUGGCCACUUUACCAUAAAGGCCUGAUUGGUGGAGUGCUGCAGAGAUGGUUGUCCUUCUGGAAGGUUCUCCCAUCUCCACAGAGGAACUAUGGAGCUCUGUCAGAGAGACCAUCGGGUCUUCUCCCCCAAUUGCUCAGUUUGGCUGGGCGGCCAGCUCUAGGAAGAGUCUUGGUGGUUCCAAACUUCUUCCAUUUAAGAAUGAUGGAGGCCACUGUGUUCUUGGGGACCUUCAAUGCUGCAGACAUUUUUUGGUACCCUUCCCCAGAUCUGUGCCUCGACACAAUACUGUCUUGGACCUCUAAGGACUAUUCCUUCGACCUCAUGGCUUGGUUUUUGCUCUGACAUGCACUGUCAACUGACCUUAUAUAGACAGGUGUGUGCCUUUCCAAAUCAUGUCCAAUCAAUUGAAUUUACGACAGGUGGACUCCAAUCAAGUUGUAGAAACAUCUCAAGGAUGAUCAAUGGAAACAGGAUGCACCUGAGCUCAAUUUCGAGUCUUAUAGGAAAGGGUCUGAAUACUUAUGUAAAUAAGGUAUUUAUUGUUUAAUUUUUUUGUAAAUUUGCAAAACAAUCUAAAAACCUGUUUUCGCUUUGUCAUUAUUGGGUAUUGUGCCUAGUUUGAAGACUGUAAAGUAACAAAAUGUGGAAAAGGGGAAGUUGUUAGGUUUAGGACCUCAUACUGAAGCUUAUACACACCCCAAACAAUGAUCUACUUUGGAUUAGAUACAAGCAUCAUGAAACCUCUAACACAAUACAUUCAUUUGAUUUGGUGAAAAUAUUUUUUUUGGAUCUAACUUGCUUACCACUUUUUCCAUGUGGUUUCUUCUUUCACAGACUCCAUGAAAUGAUGACCUCUUGCUAAAUAUUUGGUCACAUAAUUCAUUUUGUGUAUGGUUUCCUAGAAACAAGGGUGGCUCAACUUACCCCUUUGGCUCAACUCUCUCAACACUCUCCCCUACAAGGAAAUGUCUUAACUUAAUGUACUUUUUGUCACAUUGAUUUGUUUGUUUGAUUUAUUUGUUUGGUUUAACUGGCAGCAUAUGUUAUCUCAUCAAUUAAACAAAUAUUCAUAGUUUAAUUUGAUUGAGUGAUUGAUUUAUUGACUGAUUGAUUAAUCAUUGUCUGUCUGUUAUUGUCAGAUCAUCUAUGAGGUGACGGGAGAUGUUCUGAAUGCAGGUACAGACACCCAGAUCUACCGGUCUGUGUUUGGGGCUAACAGCACUACAGAGGGGAUACUUCUGCAGAACAAUGAGGACAGGUCCAGUACCACACACACACCUGACCAAACGUUCACAGGCAACCAAACACACUGAUGAAACGCUGUCAAACACACCUGACCCAAAAGUUCACCCAUGUGACCAAAUGUUUACACUUCAACAAAUGCAUAAAUUGAACACACCCAAAUAAACACACCCCAAAUAGCCAACAUAAAGUGGUAUUGAAACAACAAAACUACAAUUUUAUUCCACAUUCAUCCACAUAAAAAACAAUCUCUGAUUAGCAUAGAAUAGUUUUAUUUACUGUAGUUCACAGUGCAUGUGAUAUGGACUAGUGGUGUGUUGACAGUUUAAAAGACUCUCCCAUAAAGCAUUUCGCUCACACUCUGGCUGUCUUUAGGUUUGAGCGUGGUCAGGAGGACACGUUCAGCCUGGAAGUCGAUGACAUUGCUCCCCUGAUGAAGAUGAGGGCUCGUAUCGACGGCUCUGGUAGCCAACCUGACUGGUUCCUGGAUAAGGUCAGCACUGACAACAUGUCACAGUUUACCGGCUCGAUACAACAAAGACUCUAUACAACACAGUCUUUGUCUUUGACCUUACAGAGCUGUCAGGAUGUCAGUGUGCAGCGGUAGGACGGAGUCAGGCACACGACACAGAACUGAGUAAUAGACGAACUUUACUCGAAAAGCAACUAAAUCUAAUUUACACGCAGGGAAAUACAUCAGCUCACAGCAGACAUAAACACCAAACAACGAACAAUCACGCACAACACCAUGAGGGAAUCAGAGGGUUAAAUAGGGAAACAAAUUAACGUGAUGGGAACCAGGUGUGUACAAUACAGACAAAACAAAUGGAAAACAGAAACGUAGAUCGGUGGCAGCUAGAAUGCCGGUGACGACGACCGCCGAUAGCCGCCCGCACAAGGAGAGGCACCAACUUCGGCGGAAGUCGUGACAAGAGCAGUAAUUACUCCAUGUUUACAGUAAGAAUAUAAUACAAUACCAUACAAUCAGUGGAGGCUCCUGAUAGGAGGAAGGGGAGGACCAUUGUACUCAGUGAAUUUCAUAAAAAUAAAAAUAGUUAAACAUAGUUAAAAGUUAUCCUUUUCAGAUAAAAUUAUACUCCACUGAACAAAAAUAUAAAUGGAACAAUUUCAAACAUUUUCUGAGUUACAGUUCAUAUAAGAAAAUCAGUCAAUUGAAAUACAUUCAUUAGGCCCUAAUCUAUGGAUUUCACAUGACUGAGAAUACAGAUAUGCAUCUGUUGGUCACAGAUACCUUAAAAAAAGGUAGGUGCGUGUAUCAGAAAACCAGUCAGUAUCUAGUGUGAACAUCAUUUGCCUCAUGCACCGCGACACGACACAUCUCCUUCGCAUAGAGUUGAUCAGGCUGUUGAUUGUGGCCUGUGGAUUGUUGUCCCACUCCUCUUCAAUGGCUGUGAGAAGUUGCUGGAUAUUGGCGGGAACUGGAACAUGCUGUCGUACACGUCAAUCCAGAACAUCCCAAACAUGCUCAAUGGGUGACAUGUCUGGUGAGUAUGCAGGCCAUGGAAGAACUGGGACAUUUUCAGCUUCCAGGAAUUAUGUACAGAUCCAACAUGGGGCUGUUCAUUAUCAUGCUGAAACAUGAGCUGAUGGCGGUGGAUGAAUGGCACGACAAUGGGCCUCAGGAUCUCGUCACGGUAUCUCUGUGCAUUCAAAUUGCCAUAGAUAAAAUGCAACUGUGUUCGUUGUCCGUAGCUCAUGCCUGCCCAUACCAUAACCCCACCGCCAUCUUGGGCACCCAUGUUUACAACAUCGACAUCAGCAAACCGCUCACCCACACGUCGCCAUCUGCCUGGUACAGUUGAAACCGAAUUCAUCCGUGAAGAAUACACCUCUCCAGUGUGCCAGUGGCCAUCGAAUGUGAGCAUUUGCCCACUGAAUUCAGUUAUGACGCCGAGCAGAUGAGCUUCUCUGAGACGGUUUCUGACAGUUUGUGCAGAAAUGUUUCGAUUGUGCAAACCCACAGUUUCAUCAGCUGUCUGGGUGGCUGGUCUCAGACAAUUCACAGGUGAAGAAGCCAGAUGUGAAGGUCCUGGGCUGGUGUGUUGGUUACACAUGGUCUGCGGUUGUGAGGCCUAUUGGACGUAUUGCCAAAUUCUCUAAAACACAUUGGAGGCGGCUUGAACAUUAAAUUCUCUGGCAACAGCUCUGGUGGACAUUCCUGCAGUCAGCAUGCCAAUUGCACGCUCCCUCAAAACUUGAGACAUCCGUGGCAUUGUGUUGUAAGACUGCACAUUUUAGAGUGGCCUUUUAUUGUCCCCAGCACAAGGUGCACCUCUGUAAUGAUCAUGCUGUUCAAUCAGCUUCUUGAUAUGCCACACCUGUCAGGUGGAUGGAUUAUCUUGGCAAAGGAGAAAUGCUCACUAACAGGGAUGUAAACAAAUUUGUGUACAACAUUUUCGAGAAAUAACCUUUUGGUUCUAAUGGAACAUUUUGGGGAUCUUUUAUUUCAGCUCAUGAAACAUGGGACCAACACUUUACAUGUUGUGUUUAUAUUUUUCUUCAAUAUAAAUAUAUUCACGUCACCAAAUAACUGAUUAAAACACACUGUUUUGCAAUGAAGGUCUACAGUAGCCUCAAAAGCACAAUGGUGUAGCUGGAGGACAGCUAUUUUCCGCAAUUCCUCUGGAUACAUUGACUUCAAUACAAAACCUAUGAGGCUCAUGGUUCUCACCCCCUUCCAUAGACUUAUACAGUUUUUAUGACGACCUCCAGAGGAUGUCCUCCAACCUAUCAGAGCUCUUGCAGUAUGAACUGACAUGUUGUCCAUCCAAUCAGGAUUAGAGAAUAAAUCUAGUGCUGAAAGCAUAAGCUACAGCUAGCACUGCAGUGCAUAAAGUGUGGUGAGUAGUUGACUCAAAGAGAAAGACAAAAGUUGAACAGUUUUUAACAACAUUUCUGAAAAUAUUAAGGAGAAUUAGUAUUCUUCUUAGUUUACCUUUCAUUUACUUAGCUAAUGCAGCUAAUUUAGCCUACACAACAACCUGACUCAAACAGAGAGGAGUGCUAUUUACAUUAGCUAGCUGGCUAAGGAUAUCCAACACUGCAACUCUUCCAAGUCAAGGUAAGCUUUCGGUUUUAUUAAUUUAUUGUUACUGGGGCCCGCCGGUGUAACUGCUAAACUGUUUGCUGUACAUUGGACACAUGGAUUGGAUUGUGGGUUUACUAACGCGUUAGUUCUAGUUUGUUGACUAUAACGUUAUUAAUAUGGUAACAACGAUGUAGGUGGUUAGCGGUUAUGGUAUGAAGGUUUGGCUUGGAGAGGUUUUUGUGCCUGGUCAAAGACAGCUGUUGUGUUGUGCACUGAAGUCCACAAGCAAUGGGAAAAGGUGAGAGCAGGAGAGCACGUAGAUGCGAGAAGGAAUUAUGCAACUAGCAAAGUAGCGGACUAAACUCCACUCCAUGGUGAAGGAAGUUUAUGAUGAAUUUCACCAAGAGAGAGGAGCAGAGACCAGGCUUUGUGGAAUCUAGCUCCAACUACAUCGAUUCGCCCAAGUCAAUACUUGGAAAUCAUGAAACGCCUACCUUGUACCUAUGUUUGUCCUCUGUAGUUAUGUGCCUUUCUUUGUUUGCUGAAAUCCACACUUUUUCAAUAAAUGGUCAUCAAAUACAACCACCGACUUUUUGCUAGUUUCUGAUGGCAAUUUAGCGCGAAUGCGCAUGUGUCAAUUGAAUAGAUACACAUGACGAGGUGUGGCUUAAUGUGACCACACCCUCGAGUAGGGUACAGCCUUAGGGUACUCCCGUUAGUCCCAUGUAAUUAGCCUAACUUUGGCGGCAUCCACUUUUUUGUCGUUUCAAUAAAUGUUUUCAGCAGCCUCACGUGUCUAUACUAACAUACUUGGCUGUCACAAAAACAAAUUAUUUGUAUGAUACUUAUUCUGCCACUCUAAUUUCUUACCCGACCUGCUAACACUAACAGUAAAGAUAGUAAAGCUGUCGCAUUAUACUUACAUCAUUGUUUGUUUACAGUUUGUUUUUGUCAGUUAGCUGACGUUAGCUAGCUGGCUAGCGUCGAGAGAAGUUAAUCUUGAUCUAAUUCGCUAGUUUUAGAUAUGUCGCAUAACUACUUCCAGUCUUUGCCUGCCCUUGAAUGGUCUAGGUAUUUAGAAAAGUUGAUUCUUGUUGGCUUGCCUAUAUGUCCUUUCAACUUGCCUCCUACUGGCCCUCCAACACCACUUCCAGCAGUGUGUCUCUCCUCAAUUUGCAGCAGGCAGCCAAGUUUGCUGUCACUCAGUCAGAAUGCACAUCACAUACAGGCAAGCGCGUGCAAGGCGGUAUUAAAUGUGUCACUCACUGUCUGUCACCUUGAUUACUCAAAUUUGUCUCUCAAUCUGUGCACCUACGUUAUAAACGUUCAUUUGUAGGCUAGGUUGUAGCAACCUCAAGAUGGAUAUAGGGCAAAUUCAAGUAUCAGGUAGUAGCCUAAAUCUAUUGAUGUUACACUAGCCAAAAGUAUGUGGACACCUGCUUGUCAAACAUCUCAUUCCAAAAUCAUUAAUAUGGAGUUGGUCCCCCCUUUGCUGCUAUAACAGCCUCCACUCUUCUGGGAAGGCUUUCCACUAGAUGUUGGAGCAUUAGUGCAGGCUUCCAUUCAGCCACAAGAGCAUUAGUGAGGUUGGGUACUGAUGUUGGGCAAGUAGGCCUGGCUCACAGUCGGCGUUCCAAUUCAUCCCAAAGUUGUUCGAUGGGGUUGAGGUCAGGGCUCUGUGCAGGCCAGUCAAGUUCUUCCACACCGAUGUCGACAAACCAUUUCUGUAUGGACCUCGCUUUGUGCACGGGGGCAUUGUCAUGCUGAAACAGGAAAGGGCCUUCCCCAAACUGUUGCCACAAUGUUGGAAGCACAGAAUCGUCUAGAAUGUCAUUGUAUGUUGUAGUGUUGAGAUUUCCCAUCACUGGAACUAAGGGGCCUAGCCCGAACCAUGAAAAACAACCCUGGACCAUUAUUCCUCCUCCACCAAACUUUACAGUUGGCACUAUGCAUUCAGGCAGGUAGCGUUCUCCUGGCAUCCGUCAAACCCAGAUUCUUCCGUCGGACUGCCAGAUGGUGAAGCGUGAUUCAUCAGAGAGAACGUGUUUCCACUGCUCCAGAGUCCAAUGGCGGCGGGCUUUACACCACUCCAGCCGACACUUGGCAUUGCGCAUGGUGAUCUUAGGCUUGUGUGCGGCUGCUCUGCCAUGGAAACCCAUUUCAUGAAGCUCCCGACGAACAGUUCUUGUACUGACGUUGCUUCCAGAGGCAGUUUGGAACUCGGUAGUAAGUGUUGCAACCGAGGACGUGCUUCAGCACUCGGUGAUCCCAUUCUGUGAGAUUGUUCAGCCUUAUAGCUCGAUUUACAUUUUAUAGGUAAUUUCUGAUUGAGUCGACAUAUGCAGCAUUUGGGCGAAUCGUGAAUGCAGUCUCCGCUAACGUGGGAACAUUGCCUUUACAUUUCUAUUGCGCUGUAGCACAGGUCUUCAGCGCUAUGGAUUGAAUCGAGCCCUAAAUCUUAGGUCACAGGGUUGCUCAAUCCCCAACAUCCCUCUCAGACUUUCUCUCUCACACACUCGCUCUCUCUCUCACACACACACACACACACACACACAUAAACACACACUGAUCCCUGCCUGCAGGCGAUAGGUCACUGCAUAAUUCAGCCACACACACCAGACAGACAGACACGCUCACACAGCUCUGCACGGUAGGGGUAAGAGUUCGUCUGGGGUGAGCUUCAUUGAAUGGCACAUGAGUGUAUUGACCCAUUUCAGUCAGUGUGGGGUUGGAGCAGGCAGGCUGCAGAUACUGGGCUGAAUAUGUUCUCCCCAGACACCGACACACACAGGCUCAGACACAGGCUUAGUAAUGAGCAGUAGCAGAAGCACCAUGCUGUAUCCCAAUGAUGACACUAAACAUGUACUGUUUUAUGUAGUGUCAAAGGGGUUGUGAAUAACACAAGACAGCAAAAAGACAUUGGACAAAGUUGAAUUGUAUUGUAUUGUAUAACCCUGCCAUGAAAUAUGUGACAACACUCACCUUCAUUUACUGAGUGAACAUAUAUUUUAUGAUGUGACAUCACAGGGGCAUUGCUAAUUGUCUCAAUGUAUUACCAUACCAUUUCUUUGUGAUCUGUAAUUGGUUGUUGACAGAAGUAGCACAUGCACUAAGAAGUACAAUACAAAAAUUCUGAACACCCCCCACCUCCAGGAAACAUUACAGAUUUUAUCCUACAUUCUGAGGUUUCUCACUGAGACAUAAUUGUGUUCCAGUUCUAUUUGAUGGUCAUCAUUGAAUUGGCGGAUGGCUUCCCCCUGUCUGCACAAUAUGAACGCUGGCCCCAAAUUCACUUCAAUGCCAAGACCUUACCACUCUGAUGUAAAAAGGCAUUUCCUAUGCAGGAACAACCCCUCCAUGUCUUUCCAUAUCACCCAGCCUGCCUCUAGACUAACCAAACACAGCCGUGUCGGUCUGUGGCUGGGCCAUGUCCUUGGACUGACCCAGUAGAUGUACAGCAUCCCAAACAGAUGUGUGCUAACGUUAUGGAUUACACACACAGUGCCUGUUUAUUCAAAUGGCCACUGCAGUGAACUGGGCACACAGCCAGCAUGCUAAUCCCACUCAAAUUAAUAUAUUGAUGGAAGUUAAUGCAGGUUGGGCUACCGGAGCCUUGGGUUUUUACAGUAGGGUACUUUCUACAGUUACACCCUGUCCAUGACAAGUGGUCAAACACACUGGGAGAGGCGAGGGGAAGAGGGAUAUGCUCAUAAUGCACAGUAUUUACAUAUAAUGUCAGGUCCAUAAUUAUUGGCAUCCUUGAUAAAUAUGAGCAAAAAUGACUAUUAAAUAAAUAAUACAAAUACUGAGCUAUAUUGUAUGCUCCAAAAAUUUGGGAAAUUAUAUUAUUUUAUACUAAUACAAUUGCCCAGAGACAAAUAUUUUGUUUAACAAGCAAUAAAGAAAAAUCUCAAAGAUUGGGGUCCAAAUUAUUGCCACCCCUGUUUUCAAUACUCUAGCAAACAAGGGUUAAUGACUUACCUAGUAAAAUAAAGGUUAAUGACUUUGACUAAUUCAUCAUGAUUAAUUAUAAUUCAUCAUAAUUUCGCCCAGAUUAUCAUGCAUAACCUGACCACAGAGGAUGUGUCGGAGUUCACCUAUGAGGAAUGGCUGCCGUGGUGGACGAGGAGGAGAUGGUGGAGAGAACCACCUACAUCAUCCAGGUCAAGACCAGUGACAUUGGAGGUGGGUCAGUCAGUCAGUGCACAGACAAACAACACAUUCUACAGUCCUCAUUAAAGUCCAUCAUGUUUGUGUGACUGACCAGGGCCUGUAUUCAUAAAGAAUCUCAGAGUUAAAACAUACUGAUCUAGGAUCAUUUUUGCCUUUUAGAUUAUAAUAAAUGGGCAGGGGGGACCUGAUCCUAGAAAAGCAAUCCUACUCUGAGACACUUUAUGAAUACAGGCCCACGUAUCAAUCUCAAGACUACAUUAUCCCACUGAACUAAAGCCUAGUCAUUACUGUAAUUCCCUGAACCACAUUUACUUCAAUUAUCUGUAAUGACACUGUCCCUCAAUCUGGAACUUGCACUGCAAAUCGACACCAUUUAUUAUACACUGCACCAGAUCCAGCUUAGGUCCUGUUCCUAACCAGCUGGGAUGUUUGUUACAGUAUAUUCUCCUGAUUCACUUCAUCUCAGCGGCACAGCGGAGCCUCUUUUCUGCUUGGAGAGACGUGACGCUGCAGCAGAGGUGGAAUAACGACGUUCCAUUUGGACUCACAUAGGCUAAUGAAAGAGAUCCUCCUCUGAAAGCUGUUGCUGGGCUUUGCUCCUUAGCCGUGCAGUUUUCCACCGCAGAGCAGAGCAGAGGAGAAGCGGGCUGCUGAUUGACACGAUAGAGGAGCUAGGUGUCUGAGCUCACUUCAAAGAGCUCCUCAUUCUGCACUUGGCUGCCAGUGUUACUGAAGACAUGGCCCUCAUCUUCCCACUGAGCCUGUGUGUGUGUGGAUCAUGAGCAGAGCUUUCACACACACAGCAUCAGAGAAGCACUGACUGCGCUCUCAACAUUACACAUACGGGCAUGCACGCAUGCGCACACACACACACACACACGCACAUAAGUUAAAGACAUGUGAGUCACGCACGCACGCACACACACGCACGCACACACACACACACACACACACACACACACACACACACAAACAAACAUGCAAGCACAUGAGUCACACGUUACUCAGAGGAAAAAGCGCUUCUUAAUUGAGGUUUGAUUUGAUAAGGAAGUUGGUUAGUUGUUAAUAUGGGACUAUUUGAAAGGCAGUCUAUGGAAGUAAAUAUGGUGAUUUUAUUAAUUUUCAAGGAUGUCUGAAUGAUGGUGAAGUGGUGUUUUGAAAGGCAGAAUGUUAGUGGCUAAUGGGGAAGAUUUACAGAGACCUUUGGGGUGAAAUUAGGUUUGUAAAAUCUGUAUUAUUGGUGAAUAGAUAUUUCUUUUUUCAAGGAUGUCUGACUGUUGCUGAUGGGGGAGGUUCGAAUAUGCAGUCUGGUGACGGGGAAUGGUUAUUGGUGAAUAUAUUUUUUAUACGAUGACUUGGGGGUAGAAGCUGUUCAGGGUCCUGUCAGGGUCCUGUUGGUUCCAGACACUUGUUGUGCGGUAGCAGAGAGAACAGUCUAUGACUUGGGUGGCUGGAGUCUUUGACAAUGUUUGGGGCCUUCCUCUAAAACCGCCUGGUAUAGAGGUCCUGGAUGGCAGGGAGCUGUACACACUUCCCUCUGUACCUAAAUCUGCAUUGUGUUUUUAUGCACCAACUGUGAACUAGAUAGUUUUUUUAAUGAUAUAUUGUUUAUCACGGCUGUCUAUUUCAUACCCUGUCAGUUGUUUAAUACUCUACUGAUAUGUCAUGAUCAGGUCCUGCUCCAGGGUGGCACAUAGAAUUCAUUGAUGUAAAGGAUGAGGCCCUGGACAAGACAUUCCGUUUCCCAUGCGACCGCUGGUUGGUCAAGAAGGAGGACGACGGACAGAUCAUGAGGGAGUUGGUCUGCACCAACAACGACAUCUUAGACCUCAACGAGAAGACCAGUAAGAUCAGUUGCGCACAAGCCUGAGUUCUCUUUAGUAGGGCCAAGCAUUUAUCCUGGUAAGGCUAUGCAGUCAGGAAGAACUCCUGGCUCUAGUCUUUACAGUGCUCCAAUCAGAUCAUAAUGAAAUCACUAUAGUGUACUGUAAUGGUAAGGGUAGGUAACAACACAUCUGCCAUGCUGAUCCUCAACACGGGGGCCCCUCAGGGGUGCGUGCUCAGUCCCCUCCUGUACUCCCUGUUCACCCAUGACUGCAUGGCCAGGCAUGACUUCAACACCAUCAUUACGUUUGCCAACGACACAACAGUGGUAGGCCUGAUCACCGACAACGAGGAGACAGCCUAUAGGGAGGAGGUCAGAGACCUGGCCGUGUGGUGCCAGGACAACAACCUCUCCCUCAACGUGAUCAAGACAAAGGAUAUGAUUGUGGACUACAGGAAAAAAAAGAGGACUGAGCACGCCCCCAUUCUCAUCGACGGGCCUGUAGUGGAACAGGUUGAGAGCUUCAAGUUCCUUGGUGUCCACAUCACCAACAAACUAUCAUGGUCCAAACACACCAAGACAGUCGUGAAGAGGGCACGAUAAAAGCCUAUUCCCCCUCAGGAGACUGAAAAGAUUUGGCAUGGGUCCUCAGAUCCUCAAAAAGUUAUACAGCUGCACCAUCAAGAGCAUCCUGACUGGUUGCAUCACCGCCUGGUAUGGCAACUGCUCGGCCUCCGACCGCAAGGCACUACAGAGGGUAGUGCGUACGGCCCAGUACAUCACUGGGGCCAAGCUUCCUGCCAUCCAGGACCUCUAUACCAGGCGGUGUCAGAGAAAGGCCCUAAAAAUGGUCAAAGACUCCAGCCACCCUAGUCAUAGACUGUCCUCUCUGCUACCGCACGGCAAGCGGUAUCGGAGCACCAAGUUUAGGUCCAAAAGGCUUCUUAACAGCUUCUACCCCCAAGCCAUAAGACUCCUGAACAACUAAUCAUGGCUACCCGGACUAUUUGCUACCCGGACGCUGCUGCUACUCUGUUUAUUAUUUUUGCAUUGUCACUUUAACUCUACCCACAUGUACAUAUUACCUCAAUUACCUCGACUAACCGGUGCCCCCGCACAUUGACUCUGUACCGGCACCCCCUGUAUAUAGCCUCCCUACUGUUAUUUUAUUUUACUGCUGCUCUUUAAUUAUUUUAUAUUUUAUAUUUUUUACUUAACACUUUUUUUUAUUUUCUUAAAAAACUGAAUUGUUGGUUAAGGGCUGUAAGUAAGCAUUUCACUGUAAGGUCUACACCUGUCGUCUUCGGCGCAUGUGGCAAAUAACAUUUGAUUUGAUUUAAUCUACUUUGUUUCCUAUCCUAUUGCAAUCCAGUCCUCACGUAACCCCAAAGUUGCAAAUAUUUGUUCUAGACUUCUAAGCCCUUGUAUAGUUGAAUCAGGUCUGUAACAAAAAUUUGCAACAUUGGAGUUAUGCGAGGGCUGGACACUGACUGUACUGAUGUCUACUUUUGCCCAAUGGACCAUUCAAGAUAAUUCAGUCCCCCCAGGGCUAAGCUAACGCUUUGUGUUUGUACUUUUGUUUGAAAGAAUAUUAAAUUAUUACCACCAUGGUGGACACAGACAACGCAGAGACCAAAGAGAACAUCUGGAUCGCACUGGAGGGGAAGAAGGGGCGAUCAAAAUAA